AUGUCGAAAUCGGCCGACCACCUCUGGUUUCUGAGUCCUGGCAGACGGCUCGGUACUCGUGUACUUGUGUACUUGCGUACUUGCUCUUGCUCGCACGCAGGUUUUUAGUUACAAUGAUAGCUGGUUAUACCUGCCCGCCUGCCUUUGCUUUGGGGAAUGGGGAAAAAAAGAGCAAGGCAGGUCGGCAAGAAACCUGGGGUAGAGAAGCUGGAGCCCGUGACACCGCUCUUGAUAUGCUAGCUCGCACGAGGCCUUGUUUUGGCUUGCGGCGAAAAUCCUAUCAGGCAUUGAAGUAUCGUUCGGUCCGCCGACGCUCGGUAGCACUUGCACGUGUUCGGUUCUUGGCUCGCCCGAAGCUGCUGUUUGUUCGGUGGCUUGCGG